CAACAUAGGGAGGAGCUAAUUACAAGUCUUGCAGCUGCUGCUCAACAGGCAAUAGCAAUCUGCAUUCAAGGCAUAUCUUCACCUUAGACCUUAUGGGGAGAACUUCUUUCAGGCUCAUCAUCACCUUGUAACAUAUAAAACUGAGAUAUACUCUAAACUAGCAUUAGCUGGGGUUUACUGGAAUUUAUCGAUCCGACUACUGGAAAAGUUUCACUAUGGAUCCAGGUCAUCACACUCAAUAUCUCCUGGCCAUUCUUAUCUUCAUACUUCUGCUGCUCGGGGCAUUGUCUACCCUGCUCGUCUGCUACUGGAGGAGGAAAUGCUUUAGAAACAAACUAAAGAAACCCCAAAGACUUGUCAGAGAUCAAGCAACUUCCAUGACAAGUUUUACCUUGCACGUGACAGACCCAACGCCUCUCAUUUGUCAUGGCCAGGAAAAAUCCUUUCCUCAUAUGGUGGACCACAGCUGUCAAAAACCCUCCCCCAUGUCCUCCAUUUUGUCCCUAGAUGGCCAAUCACUGGCUGUGAAUGAAGACUUUUGUUUGAACAUUUCAGACCCUACAGCAGGAGAAAAAAGGGAGGCCACCCAACGAUCACCAGUUUUUCACUGUGCCAUGUCAUCAGGAGCAUCAGUGCUUAGUAGCUUACUAGAUAACUCCUUGUUUCUCCUCAAGACCAAAAGAAGAAGUUCUUCUUUAAAAAGUGGACUAGACCCAGAAACUUUAAUGAUUCCCCUGGAGUCACCAGUCAAGGAAACCUCCUCAUCAUGUACUGGUCAGUUUAGGGCACUUAGUCUCCCCAAAGACUUGGACCGCAGUACACUUCUGUGUGACAAUUCUGCUAACCAGCAGUUUACAUGGGAUACCCUUGGGCUCUCCAAUGUUAGUCAUCCUGCAGGACACAAAGAAUCCUUUUCUGUGCCAGGCACUUUAGAAAGGAAUGGGUCUGAUGACUCUAAGAAGCAAGACUUUCUUCAGCUACGAAAACCUUUUCCUAUUCAACCGAUGGCUUGGUUUGUGUCUUUUUCAAAUAGACCUUUUUCCGGAGGAUUUCAAGUUGAGAAGGUAGACAUAAAUAACGUGACAAGCUUGGAUUCUGGGGUGGAUAUCAUUGAAAUACCAGUGAAGCAGGAACGUGAUGGACUGUUUAAAAGUUCAGGCAGAGUGGCUAGCUGUACAGUGAGGCAAAAACCACAAGAUGACAAUAGAGAAGUAAAUAUACAUAUCAAUGAUCCUCUAGGAGACAAAGAAGUUCACAUUUCUCAUCAAGAAGCUGCUAGGAAGCUCAACUGGGAAUACAGCGGCAAAAGUCCGUGGCAAAAGAGGGAAGACCGACCCUUAAUUGGAAUCAACUAAGUUUGGAGUACCUAUAAAAAUGCUUCUGCAUGAAUUUUAUUUGAAUAUUUAUUUAUAUUUGAGGUAUGGGAUUUUUUACAGGCCACCUUCAACCAUUCUGAGUAUUUUAUAUAUUUGUACAAUCCACGACCUGUGCUCUGUAUACAAUAAAACUAUCAGUUUGUCCAGUGACAGGGUGUAUAGGCAAGGUAUCCUUAACAUCGGUGGAUUAAACCCAAAGAUAACAAGACGUACAUGUUGACCCAUUGAAUAGUUCACCAAUAAACAAAUGGUCAAAGCUUUAACAGAAUCCUCACUGGUAUAGGACUAAAUAUAACACACAACCAUCCUUAUAGUAUUGGCAUUCAGUGAAGUAUUCCAUUAUUAUGAUUUUGUAUUAUUAAACAGUUUGGUUCAAAGAAAUUGCUUUAACCAACGCACUUAAAUGUUUUACAAAUACUUGUCUAGUAUGCUUUGUAUGUUGUUUAUAAAUAAAUUUUUAACUGACA